UGGUUGCUUGGCGAUGGCAAAGCCGUGGCCGGUGUCCGGCCUGUUCCCGCCGACUUGUGGAAAGCCGAGUCGGAAGAGACAUGAAUAAAAACGCGUCCCUUGGACUGGGAAGUGCCGAGACUCCGCGGCUUCCUGUGCAGCCGUAGCGGCGGUAAUCAGGAUGGAGCGAUACGUGGUCGUCAGGACGGUGGGGAGAGGCAGCUACGGAGAGGUGCAGUUGGUGAGGCACGGCAGGGACGUGAAGCAGUAUGUUGUCAAGAAACUGAAUUUGAGAAGUGUUUCCAGUCGUGAGCGCAAAGCAGCAGAACAAGAAGCCCAGCUUUUAUCCCAGCUUCGACAUCCUAAUAUUGUAACCUACAGAGAAUCAUGGGAAGGAGAUGAUGGAAUUUUAUACAUCGUGAUGGGUUACUGUGAAGGUGGAGAUUUGUAUCACAAACUGAAGGAACAGAAGGGCAAAUUGCUGCCAGAAAGUCAAGUCGUGGAAUGGUUUGUUCAGAUUGCCAUGGCAUUACAGUAUUUACAUGAAAAACAGAUCCUGCAUAGAGAUCUUAAAACUCAAAACAUCUUCUUAACAAAAUCAAACAUCAUAAAGGUUGGGGACCUGGGCAUUGCCAGAGUGUUGGACCAGCAGCAUGACAUGGCCAGCACUCUGAUUGGAACACCGUAUUACAUGAGCCCAGAACUCCUCUGCAACAAACCUUACAACCACAAGUCCGAUGUCUGGGCCCUUGGUUGUUGUGCAUUUGAAAUGGCAACAUUGAAACAUGCCUUUAAUGCCAAGGACAUGAACUCAUUGGUUUUCAAGAUUAUUGAAGGAAAGCUACCACCAAUACCCAAGGAAUACAGUCAGCAGCUGGGCCAGCUGAUAAGUAGCAUGUUGAGCAGAAGACCUGAGGAACGACCAGAUGUCAAAGCCAUUCUCAGAAAGUCAUACAUAAAGAGCCACAUUGCCUUGUUCCUGGAAGCUACAAAAGCGAAAGCUAUAAAAUCUCGUAAGAAAGCAGCUGUCCCCAUUUUAGCAAAGUGUGAAUCUAGAAUCACUUUGCAGGACUUGGAUCCCACCAGGAGAUUUAUAAAGAAGGAAGAAAAAGAAUCAAAGAAAACAAAAUCAAGUUAUGUCAGCUACACCGAUCAACCAGAAGAGAACUCUUCAAAUAUUUCCCACCAAGCCUUGAACAGCUCCAGUGGUUCCCUAGCUACAAUAAGCAAGGUACACAUUGAUGAUACAGUAGGACUUGAAAGAAGAAACUCCAAUCCUGGCAAAAUAAUCUUUAAUGAACCUGCACUACAUUUUAAAAACUGCCUUAAUGCAGAAUCUAAGGAACUUGUUGCCAGUGCUCAAGCUGAUGACAUUGAAAGACGUAAUGGUGUAAUGGUGGAACAGAAAGUUGAAAAGUCUGGUAACCAGAUCAUAGAUGAACUUUUGGAUGGAAAAGAUGAUACCUUUAAACUGCUUCAGCCUAUUUUUAGGGAAGAGCGUUCACCUGAAUUGCAGAUGAAUUUUGAUUCUACAGAAAAAUUUCUACAGCCAUUUGAAGCAAUUAAAAUAACAGAGGACUCUUCGGAGAAUGUCAAAAAACCAACUGAAGAAACCCCUAUACCUUUCUCACCACGUUGUUCCUCAUCUGAGCCCUCAGUUUCACAGCAGUACAGGCAGAACAAUAAUGAACUCCUGAGGAAGACAGAAAAGGAUCGACCAUUAUCUGCCAGAGAACGAAGGAGAUUGAAACAAUCUCAAGAAGAGUUUCCUUAUUCAGUGUCCACAUCAAGAAGAAAUUCACAUUGUGCAGCUUUAGAAGCAAACUCCUGUGAAGAGAACCAAAAUGUGAAAGUUAUCCGAUCCUUAUCUGAUGUAGCUAUCGAUCAGGGAAAGUGCAUGAGUGAAUUAUCCCAUCACCUUUCAGAUGAUGAUGAGUAUAGCUCUUCAGCCAGCUCAACUGAUAGAUCUGAGGGGGACUGCAAAGAUGUGAAACCUGAUUCCAGCGAAAUCCAUGAUCUUGUAAAAUUGAUGACUCAAACACUAAAGAGAGAUUCAAAAGAUGCCAACAAAGAGAAUCCAUUGCCUGCACGAACGCCAGAAUUCAAACUACAGCGAAAAUAUAGAGACACUCUGAUCCUUCAUGGGAAAUCUAAAGAAGAGCCAGAGGAUUUCUGUUUCAGUGACUUUCCAACAGAGGUUCCAUCAGCACCAGCAAAGAUUAAAAGAACAAUUGAAGCAUUAAGGAUUGAUGUUCUAAAAGGAUUAGGAGUGAAGCUUUUAGAAAAAGUGUAUAAUAUUAUGGAAGAUGAUAAUGAAGCCAGGAGAGAAGAAAGUCUGCAGGAAGAAAUGGGUGAAGAACUGUACCAGAAUUACAGUAUGAAGGUCCAACAGCUAAAGUUCUUUGAAGACAAUUCCAAUUUUUGACUGAGCAACAUCCAAAGCAAUUGAAUGGGUUAGAUUAAUAUAAGUGCCUAUUUACAGACACUGAGGAUUUAAAGUUGGGCCAUCACGUAUGAAAAACCCAGAUGUUUGAAUGUGUAGUGGCAAAUCCAAGAUUUCUUUUAACUUUGUUCCAUGCAAUUGAUGACAAAUAAAUUACAUAGUAGAUUAUGAAGGAAUGAACAAAUGUGCUGAGCCAAAAUGACUUUCAGUUUUGAAUUAAAAUUAAAGAUGUUUCAUAUCUUUUCUAUCAGCUCAUUGUUAUUUGUAAAAUAGUAAUUAGAUAAAAUUAAACAAACAUUAAUUGGUAUUGUUGAGGUAUAUUUUAAUAUAUUUUAGGUAAGCGAAAUCUAUCAUGAUUUUAAUAUACUUUUAGCCUUAUGUGACUUGUGGGUCUAAAUAUGUUGUACGUUGAUGUACUAAUUUUUCAUUGGUUAGUUAAAACAAUUGCUAUUGUUCAUAAUUGUCUGGUUUUAACCAGACCACUUAACGAUUUGCUAUGUGAUUUAAGAAAAGGGUUUUUUUAAAACCAAAUCCAAAAGAACUUUUGUUCUCCUGCUGUUUUUUUUUAAUUGGUUUGUAUUCCUAUAGUUUACUCCCUUAAUUUACUGUUUACUGUGCAUUGCUUUAAAAUCUCUACUGGGGUAGUUUGAGCCCUCUGAUGGUUCACAAUAGUGUGGGGGAGGGGGCCACACUGCACACACAAAAUGCUGGAAGAAUUCAGCAGGUCAGUCAGCAUACAUGGAAAGAAAUGACUCGCCAGUGUUUUGGGCCUGCACACUUUAUCAGUGUAUGUAUGUUCCAGCAUCUGCACGCUCAAUGAACAGAUUCUCACUUUGGUUAGGUCAGUUUGUUUAGUAAAAAUCAUAACUGAAUAUUUUCCUUCCUAGACUGGAGGAAGGAAGCUACUUUUAGUGUUUUUUUACACUAAUUAGUUAACUUAGCCUGUAAUACUUAGCCUGUGAUGAGUUAACUUCACAUUACACAUUCUGUACCUGAGUGUGCACAUAGAACAGGUGGAGAAACAGUUUUCUGUAGAAAUCCUGUAAUAAUAUAAAAAUCUGCCUUACGAGCUUGAUUUGCUCAAAGUAAACCAAAAUUCACUGUAUCUGCAUACAUAGCCUUGGUAAAAUCAUAUGAAUGUUAUGUAUUGAAGAACUCUGAAAAGGAAGUGAAGAGGAGAAAAAAGAAACCGUUUUCAGAAAGUUUCAAUUCCAAUUAAAACAACCACCGUGAUGUGUGCAUUUGCAUUGUGUUAUUUAACAAAUAAAUAUAAAUUGAUCUUUUACAAAAUUACAAAUAAUUUAUAAUUUUUGCGGAUGUUACUUGCACUAAGUUUAAUCUUAGCAGUCAAAAUAGAUAUGAUUUGUAAAUGUUACUGCAAUAAUUAUGAGAAAACUAAAAAUACAAUGUACACUAUCCAAGGUAAAUAAAAAUGUCAUCUGUGGUUUUUCUACAAACCAUAAUAUUCCACACUUAGCUUGUCUCUUAUCUAAUAAUGAUCACAGUUUUAGUUCAGUGACUGGACAACAGAAAAAAAUUAUGCAACAAAAUCUAUUAGUGUGCAUAUAAAAAGAAAGUUCCAGUUUCUGUUUCCAACUGUCCUUUACUGAUAACUAAAAGUAGGCUUAGCAGAAUGUUUUUUUUUCAUUUUUAAUAAAUUUGACAAAGAUUUAGGUACUUAUUUUGAGUCUUAUAAACAUGAAUAUUCAGGAGUGAAAUUAGGAAGUAAGGAAAGACCAUAUGAAUGACAGUACAGGAAAAGCUUUAUUAUCAACAUUCAAAAUAUAAAACCUAAAACCAUACAGUGGCCUAAGAAGUGCUAUUGAUAUCUGGAGUAACUUUACAAUUUUUAUAUUUGGACAGGAUAAAAUAAUUGAUUUAAUCUUGAAAUGUAAUUGAGUUAUAUAAAACAAUAUUUAUCAUUUUAGAAUUUAUCUUUUUUGUGUUUAGGAUUGUUAUGUUGUCACUGAUUUAUAUAAUGUCAAUCACGAUUGCUCUAAUGUCUUGCUUUGUUUGAAUCUCUUGUUCAUUAAUCAAGGUAAAAUGAAAGUUGUACAAAUGUAUGUACAUUUAUAUACAGUGUCUAUAAACAAAAAAUAUUCACCCUCCUUGGAAGUUUACAUGUUUUUUUUGUUUUACAACAUUGAAUUACAGUGGAUUUAAUUUGGCUUUUUUAAAACACUGAUUAACGGAAAAGACUUGUGUCAAAGUGAAAAAUCUCUGCAAAUUGGUCUAAUGAUUAUUAAACAAAAUAAUGGAUUGCAUAAUUGCUCACUCCCUUCAAGUCAGUAUUUAGUAGGUACACCUUUAGCAGCAAUUAUAGCUCUGAGUCUGCGUGGAUAGGUCUCUAAAAGCUUUGCGCAUCUGGACAUUUUUCCCCAUUCCUUACAAAACUAUUGAAGCUCUGUCAGACUGCAAGAGGAUCAUGAGAGAACAGCUCUUUUCAAGUCCAGCCUCUCAUUCUCAAUUGGAUUGAGAUCUGGACUCCAACAUGGCCACUCCAGGACAUUAACUUUGUUGUUCUUAAGCCAUUCCUGUGUAGCUUUGGUUUUAUGCUUGGGGUCAUUGUCUUGCUGGAAAACAAACCUUCCGUCAUGCCGCAGUUCUAUUGCAAACUGCAUCAGGUUUUCCUCCAGGAUUUCCUGUAUUUUACUGCAUUCAUUUUACCUUUUACUUUCACAAACCUUUCAGGGCCUGCUGCAGUGAAGCAACAUGAUGUAGCCACCACCAUGCUUCAGGGUAGGGAUGGUGUGUUUUUGAUUAUGUGCAGUGUUUGGCUUACACCAAACAUAGCAUCUAGUCUGAUGGUCAAAAAGUUCAAUUUUGGUUUCAUCAUACCAUAAAACCUUCUUCCAGCUGACUUCAGAGUCUCCCACAUGCCUUCUGGCAAACUUUAGCUGUGAGUCUUUUUUUCUAACAGUGGCUUGCUCUUUGCCACUUUCCCAUAAAGUUGCAACUGGAGAAGCACCUGGGCAACAGUUGUUGUAGGUGCAGUCUCUCCCAUCUCAGCCACUGAAGCUUGUAACUCCUCCAGCGUUGUCAUAGGUCUCUUGGAGGCCUCCCUCACUAGUCCCCUUCUUGCACGGUCACUCAGUCUUUGAGGACAACCUGCUCUUUGCAGAUUUAUAGCUGAGCCAUAUUCUUUCCAUUUCUUGAUUAUUGACUUAACUGUACUCCGAAAGAGAGAUUCAGUGACUGGAAAUUUUCUUUAUCCCUCUCCUGACUUGUACUUUUCAGUAACUUUUUCACAGAGUUGCUUGGAGUGUUAUUUUGUCUUCAUGGUGUAGUUUUUGCCAGAAUACUGACUCACCAGCAGUUGGACCUUCCAGAUACGGGUGUAUUUUU